CUCUCUCCACAGCAGCAGCAGAAGCACUGCGGAAACUGUCUCUGCUCUCUUCUCUCUUCAGCAAACAUGAGCUCCUUGAGUUACAACCCCUAUCUACCGUCUGUGCAGCGGAGGAGGGUGGUGGUACGCAGCGGGACGCCCUUCAGCGGAGGAAGCAGUCGCUCUCGCUCCGUCUAUUCGACCUAUUCAUCCCCAUCCCGUGCCUCGGUUCUGUCCUCUUCGGCAGGUCUGCAGCUUUCUGCUGCAUCACCAGAUCUGGACCUGAGCCAGGCCACUCAGCUGAGCUCAGAGUUCAAAGCAGUGCGGACGCAGGAGAGCGCUCAACUUCAGAACCUUAAUGACCGCUUCGCCAGCUUCAUUGACCGCGUGCAUGGCCUGGAGCUCCAGAACCGUGCCCUGGAGGCAGAACUGCUCUUGUUGCGUCAGAGGCACUGUGAACCCUCCCGUCUCAGGGGGCUGUAUGAGCAAGAGGCUAGGGAACUCCGUGCAGCUGUAGAUGAGGCCCGUAGGGAGCGUCAAGCGGCUCAAGAAAGGAGGGACCAAUUGGAAGAUGCACUCAAGGCCUUGCAGGGUCGAUACGAAGAAGAAGUCCUGUCCCGUGAGGAAGCCGAAAGACAGCUUGUGGAUGCCAGGAAGGGGGCGGAUGAUGCAGCACUGGCCCGCUGUGAGCUCGAAAAAAGGGCUGACAAUCUUCUGGAUGAGCUGGCCUUCCUCAAGAGGCUCCAUGAAAGUGAAAUCGCCGAGCUCCAAGCCCAGGUGCAAUACAGCGCACAGGUGUCCGUUGAGAUGGAAGUGGCCAAACCGGACCUCUCGGUAGCUCUCAGAGAAAUCCGAGGUCAGUAUGAGCGCCUGGCGCAGCAGAACAUCCAGGCUGCGGAGGAGUGGUUCCGUGGGAAGGUGAGCACCAUGGCGGGUGACACGGCCAAACACACGGACAACAUCCGCAGCGCUAAAGACGAGGCUGGGGAGUACCGUCGCCUCCUGAAAGCUCGAGACCUGGAGAUCGAAGCAUGCCAGGGUUUGAACCAAGCUCUGGAACGACAAUUGCAAGAGGUUGAGGAGAAACAGAGCGCAGAGAUCGCCGCCCUACAGGACAACAUCAGUGAAUUGGAGAAUGAGCUAAGGACCAUGAAGAGUGAAAUGGCCCAUUACCUCAAAGAAUAUCAGGACCUUCUCAAUGUGAAAAUGGCCUUGGACAUUGAGAUAGCAGCUUACAGGAAGCUUCUAGAAGGAGAAGAAACACGCUUCAACGUGGGUGGUAUUGGCGGGAUCUCCAGCGUGUUUUCUCCCUCCAUCGCCGCCACUCCUUCUUUCGGUCGUCCCGUGUUCUCUGUUCAGUCCAGUCUGUCCUCUGGCGCCCCCUAUCUUCUAGGAACCAGACUGAUGAGCUACUCUGCCACACCAGAUGAAAUCAUUGAAGCCAGCAAGGCACAGGAGGCUGAGGCAAGUCCAGAGAAAGAAGAAGAGGAAGAGGAGGAGGAGGUAGAGGAGGAAGAGGGUGAGAAGGAGGAGGAAGAAGAAGAGGGGGAGGAGGAGGAAGAAGAAAAGGAAGAGGGUGAAGAGGGAGGAGAGGAAGAAGGUAAGGAUGAAGGAGAACAGGAAGAGGAAGAAGGAAAAGUAGAAGAGGAAGAGGAUGAAGGAAAAGUGGGAGAAGGAGCAGAAGAAGAAGGAGGAGAGGGUGAAGAAGGGGAUCAAGAAGAAGGUGAAGGUAAAGAAGAAGAUGAGGCUGAGAAGGAUGACGCUGGAAAAGAAGAGGAGAAAAAGAAAGGAGGAGAGGAGAAAGAGAGUAAAGAUGAGAAAGCUAAGCCAAAAGAGAAGUAAACACACCGAACCAACCCCCCUGGUGCUAUCUGGAGGUGAUCAAACCUUGUGCAUUAAUCUCACACAUGCCACAACUUCACUGUGUCCUGCUGCUUGAUUUCAGAUUCAGUUCAAAUUAAAAGCGAACCAUAUAUGCAGACAAGAAUAAUAAAUGCAACCAUAGAGAUCGGCCGAAGAAAGAGUAGCCUAUGCAUGAAGACAUGCCUAACUUUUGCGCUUGGCAGGAAAGCUGUGAUUGCAGGUUGCUUGUGUUGUUGCUUGUGUUGUUACAAUUGUCAUUCUAUUUAUUGAAAAGCAAAUAAUAUUCUUUGAGCAUUGUGUCUGUAUGCCUUCAGCAUUAAUCACACUGUCAACUGCCUAAGAUAACACAAGUGUGCUUAUUAUUCAAAAUGCCUUAGACCAGAUCCUCAAAGAAAGGCUCAUUGUCUUCCAAUAAAAACUUGACAAACCUCCUUAA